GAUGAUGACAGCUGUUGGUUGUGCUUGAAUAAAAGAUGGUGGAUGUUUGUAAUUAAUUUUUAUAUUUAUCAAUGAGCGUGCGACGAGUUGCGAUAAGCGAACACAUUGUGUGAAGCUCCUUCAGCCGCGAAUGCAAUGUUCGCCGAGUGAAACACGCGCGCUACCGGUUGAAAAAUGUGCGAUGCGUGCUCGGAAUUUCUACAACUGCUACUCUCAUAUGAAACAAAGGUGCUUAGGGAAUCUAGUGAGUUGCCUGUUUUAACAAAAGAUGAUAUUGGAAUAUUAUUAGUUUAUGUACAAACAUGGCCUACAAGGCAAUGCAUGUGUUGUUAUCGAGAUCCAAAGAAUUUUGAAAAAUUCAGCAUUAUUACACAGGGUAUAAUUUAUUUAGCAGUCUGCCAACUUAAGGCAUUAGGUGAAAGCGAGGCCGAUAACGAUGAAGCGAAAGAAGCGAGAAAAGAAAAGGCGGUGGAUGAUGUGAUAAUUCAAGAAAGAGAUAAACUACUUGUGUUAGUCUCAAAGAUCUUCCUGUUGAAUUUUCCUCUGUAUGUCGCAUUCAAACACACCAUCCAGGCUAAGUUUGAGGAUCUCACACAGCAAGAGAUACAGUCUUUGAAUAUGUUCUGCGAUCUUCACGAUGCGGAAAUUCCGAUAUUUCUCCUUCGAAAUGUGACUUUUUGUAAAACCGGAGGUUUGCAUGCUAUGACUUCUUGUUUUACUAAUUUAACACCUGAAGCUUUGCCUGUAUCAACAGCACAUGCCAUGAUAUCAGUUGUCUGCAAUUUAAAGUUAUGGAUGAAUUUUAAAAGUAUGGUGUCUUUAUUAGUUCCAUUGAGGUCCUGUGUGCUUAGAUACAUGUGUAAAUUAUCAGAUCAAGAUUUACGCACACCAACAAUCAAGAGUAUGGCUGAUUUUAUGUGGAAUGCGAUUAAAGAUCCGCUUGAUACACCGAUGGCUUUUGAUCUGGACGGACUGGAUUUAGCAUUUAAAUACUUCACAUCCACAACGCUGACGAUGCGCCUCGCCGGCAUCACACAAAUCAACAAUCAAAUCGGUGUUUUGGCUGAAUUGUGCGUCGGUGAAGCCCUGCCGGAAGCGGAAGCAGCCCCUCGAUUAAUGGCCGAUUGGUUGAUAAGUAACAAUAUAAUUUCGCAUAUUUUCGGGCCUAAUUUGCACGUAGAGGUGAUCAAACAAAGUCACAUCAUUUUGAAUUUCCUCGCGAUGGAAGGUCGCAUCACCUGCGAGAAUAUGGAUAUUAUUUGGGCGGCGGCGCAGUUGAAACACUGCGCGAAACCCGUGCAUGAUCUACUGCCUGGUUUAGUCAAGCAUUUAUCUGCCCCACCAGCAUUACAUUUGUACAGUUUGCUUGUCAAGCUGGAGCCUAAAGAUCACACCGAACAAACAUUGUACCUGGCAUCGGCGCUGAUCAAAUUCAUCUGGACGCGUGGCGGUGCCGGAAGUGAAACCGGCUUAAUCGGAUUAGCGGCCUCGGCCGCAGGUAUAGCACUGCAUAAAUGCGCGAGUUCAUCCGAGAAUAGCGUUAGCAUAGAUCAAAGCAAUUCGGAGGAGGAACAUCGCGAUAGCAGCGGGCAAUCGGAGAGCCACAAGUCUGAAAGUGACAACGCCGAAGUCGAAGAGGAUAUUAAUAUUAUCGACAGUGAGGGGCCUACGCCGUGUAAACUGCGCAAGCAGGGUUGUGAUGCGGACGCUACAAGUAGUGAUAAUGAUGGAUCAAAGGUAAAAACCCCGAAAGAAAUGCAAAAGUUGGAGAAAACCGCCGAAAACUGCUCGGCGAGGAAGAAAUUACUGAAUAGUCCCGCCGAGGAUCAUGAUACAAUCGAUCCGGUUGCGUUUAGCAGCUCACAGGAUGAAGACGCUGAUGAAUCGCCGAAUAAAUACAGGAAACGUCGAAAAAUGCUGCGGAAAAACAGGCUGAAGAAACUGCGAGAGAAACGCACGAGGCGCGAGGAUAUCGCCGAACUUUCCGAUGUGGAAGCGGAUAGUGAUCAAGAGAUUAAAAGGGCUGCGCUUAAAGAAGCUGCUAGUUUAAUGCUGCCAGCACAAGUGGAUAGUUUAGUCGAAAGCGGGUUGAAACGAACGGUUUAUCUCGAGGAAAGCUCAUCUUGUAGUGAACUAGGCAAAGAAACACCGAAUCUGGAAGUUCACAAUGCUGCAAAUUUUUUAUCAAUGCAUCCAAGGAGUUCAAGUCAUAUGUUGGAGUUAUUAAGCGGGGAAGAAGCAGAAGUUGAAAAUGAUGCAGACGGCAGUUAUUCAUCGAGAAUGAGUAAUAAAUCUGAGAAAAACAUGGCGGAUUUUGAUGGUGAGGACUCUGUUUGUGAGGAGGAACUUGCGCAGUUGGCAGAACAUGCUCAAAUGAAUCUGCACGCGAUGGGAAAUCAAUCGUCGCCCGAAAAGUCUCCGGUGCGUCUUGAUCCGCGACUAUCCGCUUGUUUUAAAGUGGAAAAUGUGUGUCAGCCGGGUAAGACUUUACUCUGGGACUUGCUGCAAGAUUGUAAGAUUGGUCAGCUUGGCGAGGGGCUUGCACUGGAGGCUGAGAAGACGCUGUGUAAUCUUUUGUGUUAUAAUACGGAUAGGAUUAUUAGGAUGAAAUUUAUCGAGGGCUGUCUGCACAAUUUGGCAAAUAAUACGUCUGUGAUAGUUUCGUUACGCUUACUGCCGAAAUUGUUAACUUCGUUCCAACAGUUUAGAAACUCAGAUAUGCAUCAUGUCACCCACUGGGCUGAGAAGCAGCACGGUAUGAUGGCGCAUUUCUUUAAUAAUUUAAAAACCUACGCCGGCAACAAGGAUAAAUGCUCGAUUCUCUACACGCAUCAGAUGGAAAUUCAAGUCCGACUACACUUUCUCUCCGCGGUGUUUUCACCCUUAGUAUCACCUAGCAACUUUAAACUCAGCAUUGAACAACUGGACACGCUAUGGUUGUGCAUGGCUCGUGACACGGAAUGUUGUGAUGAACUUUUCAGCUGGUUAUUAUCGCAAGCGAAGAGUACAGAGUUGCAUGCAUUGGGUAUCGAAGCAUUGAAGCGUUUAUACCUGGUGCAUUUACCUAGCCUACCACCUGAGACUUUUAGCAUGACUUGUUUGAGUUUAUUCCAACAACUUUGUAAUCUAGCGCGUAUAGCAACCGCCAAUAUGGACAGCAGUAGUCAGGAUGGGUAUAUUCUCGGUAUGGAUCACAUGUGGAAGAUUGCACUCCGCGCGAAUAAUACAGACGUCAGUAUGGCGGCCAUUCAAUAUUUGAAUGGGUAUUAUAUGGGACAGAAUUUGCAGCAUGAGGGGCAGUUUGUUGCGCAGUGCAUGAGUAAUUUGGAGGCUGCUAGUGAUGAUUUGAGCAAGUCUACUAGCCUAGGCUCUGAGGAGGCUCCAUUGUUGUGUAUUCAACGUGCGUUGCUGCUGUUGAAAACACACAUGGAGACAUUCCGCAGGAGGUAUGCAUAUCAUUUGCGUCGUUGGGCGUUGGAAGGUAAAGGAGUCGGCAGUCAUGCGGCGGUUCUCGGCGAUAGAAACUGCACUCCUCUGCGGUUGAUUGUCCAACCAGCCGGGAUGUCUGAAAGGUGCAUUUUAGACCUUUUGAGUACUGAUUUUGUUGCUGAUUUACGCGCGGAGAUUGCAAAAUGGUGGGAGGAUUUGUGCCAUUUGAAAAACGCGGAAAUUGCAAGUCCUGGGUCGAAUACAACGCCGUUGAGUGAGAGUCCAAUUCGAAUUAUAACGCAAGGUCAAGAACUGAUGACCGAUUCCGAUGAGAAAACACUCGCGGAUUUGGGUUUCAAAGAAAACCAAAUGGUGUAUAUCUCGAUGGGUGUCUCACGCAACAUGAAGAAACGUGAUUGUAUGGAUUCUCCGUCUAUGCAACCAUCGCCACCCCGUGAAUCAAUCCCAACCUUAUUACUAUUGAGAUCGAAAUAUUUCGAACAGUUGUUUUCAUUAAUGCACACGCUAAGCAGCAUGAAAACUCCGGUUAAAGGAGGACAUCACAUUCCGCACACGAAAGCGCAAGUCUUGAGCCGUCGCGUUUGGGACAUUCUUAGUCUCCUACCGACGAAUCCAACUCUUCUACGAGGCUUUCAGAUGUUGGACACACCUCUGCCGGAGUUGCUCGAUCCGUCAUCCGCACAAAAGUUGAUGUAUUCUCUUUAUAUCGUCGAAUCUUUGAGUGUCCAGUCGAAUGGCAAAGGUGACAAUCAACGCGAACCGUGGAGUCGCUUUUUUAUCCAGCAAGGUGGUCUGCGGCAUUUGUUUGAUAUAUUUAUGUCUGGCGUCUUGCAGCGAUCCGGGGGCGAUGGCAGCGAAUGGCAACAGGAUUGUUUGGCCUCGCUGUUGAAACUUUUGUGUCAGCUGGGUGUGGAACCAUUACCGCAGGAGUCACGACCAAGCCGGACGGAGAAAAUUAUUAUUCCGUUGUUGAAUGAAACUAUGCUCGGGAUGUUGGAUGUUAAAACAGCUAUGCCACAGUUGACCAGUAUCCUGCAGGAAGCGUCCAUGCCACGGGAUCCCAAUCAUUAUAAGACUGGUUUUUGGGGACGCGCGCAGGUGGUUCAUUAUGCAAUGGCCCUGCUAGUUUCCUGGUUGCAUUGCGAUGAAGAUGCACGCGAGGGACUCUUCCAAACACCGAAUUUUUCCACGUGGUUACAACGUUUGGUCCUAGAAGAUCCCGAACCGUCUGUGCGCAGAGAAGUCUGCUCAGCAUUAUAUCGCUUGUGUUUAGGUGUGUCUGCUAAUAAUGCCGAUACUCAUGAUAAUGGUUUGGUUGCACCUAUGCUCGCACAUCUUUUAACUUACAUGAACAAAGCUGAGGAAAUGCGUCCGCAAAAGAUCGAAGUGAUUCAAGCGCCUGAAGAAGGUAAAGAACCGUAUGGGCCUGCAUGUAGGGAUUACUUCUGGUUGGUUGCUCGAUUAGUUGACUCAUUACCGAGUGAUUUGGUAAAGGAGAGUUUGGAAGAACCGCAGACAUGCGUUAUUGAUAUUAAUCGUUUGACUGAAAAGAUUGCGAAUUCUGUUUUGGAGCGGGAAUAUUUAGAGGCCCGUCACAGGACGAUUGAUGACGAUGGACUGAUUGGUUUGCUCAAUUUAUUGACCAAUCUGGUCAAACAUAAGCCACCCUAUCAGGUUAGCAAACACGGCCAGAAAUUACUUAGUGAAGUCUUUGAUUUUUUGUUUGCGCUGCCCAAUCCGAAACUGCGGCAUGUCCCCAAGUGUAAAUCCGCCCGUUCGCGCACCGCUGCUUUUGAUCUGCUCGUUGAUUUAGUCAAAGGCGCUCCGGAUAAUUACGAUAUGCUGCAUGAGCGUCUUUUGAAGCAACAUCAACCCGGACCUAACUCGCCUUAUCCCUGGGAUUAUUGGCCGCAUGAAGAUGGUAGGUCCGAGUGUGGGUAUGUUGGUUUGACCAAUUUAGGGGCCACGUGUUACAUGGCGUCGUGUAUGCAACAUUUGUACAUGAUGCCGCAGGCCAGAGCGUCUAUCCUUGCCGCUGAUACAUUGCACUCUAAACAUGAACCCACAUUAAAAGAACUACAGCGAAUGUUUGCGUAUCUGUUGGAGAGCGAACGCAAGGCCUACAAUCCACGCAGUUUCUGUAAAGUUUACACGAUGGAUCAUCAGCCAUUGAAUACAGCUGAGCAAAAAGACAUGGCGGAGUUUUUUAUUGAUCUUGUGAGCAAACUUGAGGAAAUGACGCCGGCGUUGAAAAACGUUGUCAAGAAUUUAUUCUGUGGGGUUCUCAGCAACAAUGUGGUUUCAUUGGAUUGUGAUCAUGUGAGUCGGACAGUUGAAGAGUUUUAUACUGUGCGCUGUCAAGUCGCAGACAUGCGAAAUCUCUAUGAAUCUUUAGACGAAGUUACUGUUAAGGAUACUUUGGAGGGCGAUAACAUGUACACGUGCUCACAAUGCGGCAAGAAGGUCCGAGCGGAGAAACGCGCUUGUUUUAAGAAACUACCGCAUAUUUUAUGCUUCAAUACGAUGCGCUAUACUUUUAAUAUGCUCACUAUGCUUAAGGAGAAGGUGAAUACGCAUUUUUCGUUUCCUCUGAGACUGAAUAUGGCCGGAUAUGUAGAGAAACAAUUGAUGUCUCAGCAUCAUCAGGAGGAUAAGCCUAAAUGCGAGCAGCAGGAUCAAGAACAGUACGAAUAUGAUUUGAUUGGUGUGACUGUACAUACAGGGACGGCGGACGGGGGACAUUAUUAUAGUUUUAUUAAGGAUCGGACUGCGGGCGCUAGAGAUAAGUGGUUUCUGUUCAACGAUGCUGAAGUGAAGCCGUUUGACCCGAAUCAAAUUGCUGCCGAGUGUUUUGGCGGUGAAAUGACAAGUAAAACGUAUGACAGCGUAACGGAUAAGUUUAUGGAUUUUAGUUUUGAGAAAACAAACAGUGCUUAUAUGUUAUUUUAUGAGAAAUCCCCGCCGACGCCGGGCGAAAAUGUUGAUUGUGCUUCUACUACGCUUGAAACUAAUUUACAGCCGCCAUUUUUAUCGACGCCUUCUACAUCCACAACGUUUGAAUUGAGUAAGGAACUUGAAGAUUGGAUCUGGCAGGAUAACAUGCACUUUAUUCAAGAUAAAAAUAUCUUUGAACAUACUUAUUUCAAUUUUAUGUGGCAAAUUUGUGGAUACAUUCCCAAAACUCUCAUGCCAUUACGACCAGACAUUACACAACGCUCUGCUGAAUUAUCCACGUCAUUCUUCAUCGAGACGUUUAUCCACGCCAAAGAAAAACCAACAAUGGUGCAGUGGGUGGAACUGGUGACUAAGCAAUUCAACGCGUGCCAGGAAGCGUGCACGUGGUUCUUGGAACACAUGGCGAAUGACACAUGGUGGCCGGUGCAAGUGUUACUUAAAUGCCCGAAUCAAAUCGUACGUCAAAUGUUCCAGCGGCUGUGUAUUCAUGUGGUGCAGCGUUUGAAACAAACGCAUUCUCCUUUGUAUCUAAUCGUUGAUGAGGAUGUUGAAUGUGAUAGCAAGUCGAGUUCUAGCGAUGAUGAAAUCGUGAAUGUUGAUCCGUCUAAGAUUGGGAACGCAUCUUGUGUCACCAAGUUUGUGAAAAAACUUUUAUCAUUGAUGGAACAUGGAGCAAAAGCGCAUCUUAAGCACUUAACGGAAUAUUUUGGCUUUCUAUUCGAGUUUAGCAGAAUGGGCGAGGACGAAUCGAAGUUUCUACUUACAGUUGGUGCUAUACACACAAUGAUCGACUUUUAUCUCGGUCACAAAGUGCAUGAUUUUGUCGACGUGAGCGAAGGCGAAGAGGAAGAAGAGGUGGUUGCGUUACCCACCGACAAGUACAAACCUGCGUCCCUGGACAAAAUGAUCACGCUGAUUGCGUCGCUGGUCGAAAAGAGCCGCGACACCGAUUUAAGACUGAAGCUCAGUAUUAAAGACUACAAUGCCGUUGCGGGCGGCAAGGGAUUCCCCUUUCUGUACCAGCAGAUUAAAGAUAAUAUCAAUUUACAGCAGACGAAGCAUUUGAUACAUUCGAUUUGUCGCGGCAAUGAACGACUCGCCACGUCCAUCAUUGGCAUGCUCUCACAGGCAAUCAAUCGAAAUUCGGACUCUUGUCAGCCAUUUUUUAAAUUGUUAACUUUGCUCACCGAGGGUUCGAAUCAAAGUCCCGGCGGGCCGUCGGGACUGCCAUGCUUUACUCAAUUAGUUUUGCAACGAGUAUGGGAAGCGGCCGAAUGCUGUCCAUGUUCCGCAUUGGACUGGUUAGCUUUACAAGUCACGCGGAGUCGAUUGGUCCAUCAAUGGGUUUUAUCAUCGUUGGAUUCCUGGCUGGAACAUUUUCUCAUCGCGCAUGGCAAUCAACGUGUUAGAAAUGCUGCGGGAUUUUUGAUUGUGUCGUUGGUGCCAAGUUCACAAUUCCGGCAGGGUUUCCGAGCGACACAUCGAAUGCAUCGUGAGCCACAAUUGACUCCCGAAGCGCUCAAUAUUCUGCAUCAAAUCUACACGGCUUUGUUACGCUUACUGACGCCUGCGAAACAUUACACCGACAUGCAACAACAUGGCACAAUGAAACUCACAACGUUUUUUGCUCUCUUAAUGUAUUGUUGCAUAUCGCGAACGGAGAAACUUUUAUUCGGACAGUAUUUCUUACAUCUGUGGCAUUUGUUUCAUCCGAAAUUGUCGGAGCCGUCCAUUCCAGCGCAUCACAACAAGCAGGCCGUGCUGGCGUUUUGGAAUCACGUUUGUACGGAUUGUCCGGAAAACGUGCAAUUGAUGCUACAAAACGCGCACGUCACGAAGAACAUUGCAUUCAAUUAUAUCUUGGCUGAUCAUGAAGAUCAAGAUAUUGUUGUGUACAACAGAGCAAUGUUACCUGCAUACUAUGGCUUGUUACGAAUGAUGUGUCAACUCUCACGCAUUUUCACGCGACAACUUGCACAACAUCAGAAUCUUCAAUGGGCGUUCAAGAAUAUCACGCCGCAUCCAUCACAAUAUCCGAAUGCAGUCGAGGAAUUAUUUAAACUUAUGCAAUUGAUGGUCAUGAAGAGUCCGGAUUGUUCCGAGACAGAUCAACGAGAGAUCUCGAGUUUCAGGCGUACAACUCUGAUAACAUACUUGCAGAGUUUGGAUGGAAGGACGAGCUGGACGACAUUGAUUUCGGCUUUUCGAAUUCUCGUCGAAAGUAACGACGAUAAACUUUAUGUGGUGUAUAAUGGCGGAUUGCAAAUAGUUUUUGAUGCAUUUCAAAAUCUACAUGUUAUGCUGCAUGAGGCUACUGCGUGUCACGUGUCCGGUGAAUUAUUGGAAGUGUUGGCGAUAAUGAUGGAUCUCGUGCGAUGCGUGAGGCUUUAUCGAGAUUCAAAAGAUUCGCGGGGUAUUCUACUGGCUUGUAAGGAUUGGAUUGAAGUACUUCGAAAGUUAGCAUCACUUUUGAACACUUAUAAUCCUCCAGACAUGCGAAUAUUCUGUAUUGAAAUCCUGAAAGAAUUUGUCCUCAUCAUGCCAAACGAAGCAAUGCAAAUACUUGUACCUCUGUUGUCUCAUUGUCAUUCAGCAUUUCAAGAUAGUCAUGAUGCGGUUCCGCUGGGUCCGUAUUUUCCACGACGCGGUCAUAGUUUACCAGCAGUUGGCGGCAAAGGCAUCGCGCGGCCAUUAAGGCCAAUGGUGCAAAUGACGGUGCCACAAAGUCAGCUUGAAUGUGCAAGAGGCGUUGAUUCUGAUUACGACGAAGCCUUGGAUAAGUUCUACACACCGUACCACGAAUUUAUUGACAUGUUGUGCAGAUUGGCUGUGAACUCCGACACUCUAUCCGAUGUGAUGGUAACAUUAAGCGCAAUGGUGGGCUUUGAGGCGGUGCCACUUCAUUCGAUGUUUUUCCCGAAGCUGUGGCUGGAUGUUUUGCGUGUGCAGCAUGUUGAUCGGAAAUACAUUAAUAUGCUUACAUCGUGUAAUUAUUUUGUUGAUUAUAUUGAUGCGGUUCUGUUGGACGAAAGGAUAGCGCUGUUGGUGGAUGUCAUCUACGAAUUUUUAACAACUUUCUUUCCAAAGGUAUCUGCGCAUGUUUUGUCCGAGCAAACGUUGACAAUGAUUGACAACACAGUUGUAUCAUUAAGCGAACAAGUUGGCGGCGUUGAUUUGAAGAAGCGAGCGAAACAAUUGGCGAGUGAUUUACGCGCUUUGAUAUUGGUGUAUAAGAGUCCGGAGGCUGUGCCUCCGAAUAUGUUAGUUGGGACGCUGAAUCAACUACAAACGAUAGUUGAAGCUGAAAUUGAUAAGAAUAAAGUGAAAGAAAAAUCAACCACUGGGGCACAUCCCGGCGAAGAAGCAAAACCAAGCACGUCGAAAAGUGUAGCGAAUACAAUCGAGGACAAAACUGAUAAGAGCGAGAGUGAUUCCGAAACAAUGAAUGAAACUUCAUGUAUCAACACGGACGAAGCCAAGUCAAAGGAUGCAAUGAAAUAUUUAAAACUACUUGAAGAAACUAUAAGCCAAUUACUUGCGAUUGUGAAGGAGCAAGUUUGACGUUCAGUAAAAUGGAGUACAUGAAUGGAAUCCACGUUUUUGACUACCGGUUAAUGAGUGUUUGCCGAAUAUUUGAUGAUUAUGAUUUUUUCUUUGCCAAAAUAAUAAGUUUAUUUUUAACACACAAGUUAUAAAUAUGUAAUAAUUAUAAACAUUUUGUAUCUUUUUAGUCAUUGUAUAGAGAUGCUUAUUACAUAUAUUAUGUUUCAAAAUUUUUAUUUGCCAAAUAUUUGGAGUUUAAUGAUAAAAUGAAGUUUUGAAAGGUUGACUGGUGGAUUUACCCUUAUGAUGAUAAACAAUUAAAUGAGUAAGAAUUUUGUUUCCUUUUGGUACGGCUGUUCACACUUGACAGAACCAAUGCUAAAACUUUUGGGUGCGUUGUAAAUGCUAUCUUAGUUGUUUUUCUAAAGACUGUUAAAUAAAUUAUGAUGUCUUCUAUAUAUUAAA